AUGAGCGAAACACAAUUUCUAAGAGUUUGUAGAGUUAGUGACAGAUCAUUCAUUAGACGAUCUUUGGCUGCCUGGCAAAUUACUGCAAAUUUCCCUGCUGGUAGACUACACCAAGGAAAAAAAAUGGAUUCUUCUCCUGUUUUAAAGAAAGGGGAUAUAAACACCAAUUCAGUUCAGCUGAUUGAUGAGGAGAAACGGUUUGCCAAGAAUCUUGAAACCUAUGUUGAUGCAUGCUACAUGAACAAAUCAGAGGACGAUAGUGGAUUAAACUACCAUAUCGUCUCAGUUUUUGGCUCACAAUCCACAGGUAAGUCUACCUUGCUUAACAAGUUGUUUGGUACGCAAUUUGACGUUAUGGAUGAAGAAAAAAGGCAACAAACUACAAAGGGUAUUUGGUUUUCGCAUGCAAACUACAUAGCGUCUCAUGAUGAGACCAACCCAAAGACAGAAAAUAAGAAGAACGUAUAUGUUUUGGAUGUCGAAGGUGUUGAUGGAAGAGAAAAGGCAGAUGACAAAGACUUUGAACGGAAAUCGGCAUUGUUUGCUUUGGCAACGUCUGAAGUUCUUAUUGUCAAUAUAUUCGAACAUCAGGUUGGUUUAUAUCAAGGUGCAAAUAUGGAAUUGUUAAAAACUGUUAUGGAAGUAAAUCUCUCUUUGUUUCAUAAGCAAGCAGAAAGAUGUUUGCUUCUUUUUGUAAUUAGGGAUUUUACCGGCUUGACUCCAUUGUCGAAUUUGGGGCAAUCUUUAGAAGCAGAUAUGAAUAGAAUAUGGGCCGACUUAAAUAAACCGGAGGAAUGCAAGGACUCGAAACUUGUAGACUUCUUCGACUUGAAGUUUGCUUCCAUUUCUCAUAAACAUUACCAGCCAGAAAAAUUUGACUCUGAUAUCAGAAAACUAGGUGACGACUUCUCAAACGAGACCUUCUUUGCUAACAACAGGUAUCAUAAAAAGAUACCAAUUGAUGCCUGGGCAUUAUACUCACAACAAAUAUGGGAGCAAAUUGAAAACAAUAAAGAUUUAGAUUUGCCAACUCAACAGAUAUUAGUUUCCAGGUUCAAGUGUAACGAAAUAUCUACUGCCUUGUAUGAUGAGAUUUUUGAUAAGGAAUUCAAUAAAUUAACAUUACCUGAAAAAGACCCGCUUGAGUCUUGCAAAGUCUUUAAAGCGCUAAGAUCUAAAUGUUUGGAACUGUAUGAUCAACAGGCCUCUCGUUAUAAAUCCGCAGUUUAUUUGGAAACACGAAAAGAACUCGAAUUGAAAAUGGACUUGAAAUUAAAAGAUUUCCAAUCCAGAAUAUUGGGUUUGUUAAUAGAGAAACUAGUCACUGAGCUCGAUUCGGCAUACGCUGCUCUAAAAAAGUCAAAGACGACUUCUAACUUUGAAGAAACGCUUAAGUAUGUCAUCGAUGAGACCCUGGACAAAUUCGAAACAGCAAGCAGUCAGUACAUUCUGGUUGAUGAUUCAGAGGUUAGUGAAAUUUAUGCACAAAACCUGAAAGUUCAUUCUGAACUUUUAAUGGCCAAGCUAAAGGAUUUUUCAGACCGGAUGAGAAACAAGGAGUCAACUGCGCUUGUUAAUAAGCUGGGAAAAAAAUUCCAGAUUAAAAUCAAGGAAUAUCUAAUUGAAGAGGUUACUCAACCAACAGAUGAUUUAUGGGAUAAAGUAAUGUCGCAAUUUGAUCAAAUUGUCGAGAAGCUUUUAAGGACAUACGAAUAUGGUCAGGGUUAUGACUUUCAAUUGGGCCUUAAAGAAGGUAAUGAUCUUUUACACCUGAAAAUUAUGAAAAUGAUUUGGAAGAAAUAUGAUGUUCUGGUUCAUGACUUUAUAAAUGAAGAUACUGUUUCGAGAAUCUUGAGAAAUGUCUUUGAAGAUAAAUUUAAAUUUGAUGACAAAGGGUUACCUAUUGUAUGGAAGGACUUCAAUCAGCUUGACUCUAGGUUCAACAAAUCAAAAGAAGAAACUUUAAAGUUAUUGCCUCUUCUAGGUACCAUGCGCCUCUCAAACGGUAAAACUGUUUAA